AUGGACUCAUUUGAAUCAACUACGGGUAUAGUUAAACCACACAAUCAUUCUGAGCCAUUGAGGUAUUACGAUUUUGUGAUAAAUUUAUUGGAACCAUUGCAAAAGAUAGGAAAAACCAGAAAGUCGAGAAACUCAGGAAUUGACCCAUAUGAAUUGAAACGAAAGAUCAUUUCCAACUAUUUCACCAAAUGGAGACAACAAGUUGGAGAUGAUUUGUAUCCUUUAUUACGCCUAAUGCUACCUGAUACAGAGAAAGAGGAUCAUUUGGAUUCAAAGAAUUUGGGUUGGGAAAACUUUUUAUCAGGGUUCGCUAUGCACUUAAGUUCAAAUUCAGAAGAUGCGAAAGCGCUUCGUAACUGGAGAAGCUCUGAUUCCAAGCAUGUUGGGAAUUUUACGGCAAUGCUCCAAGAUGUUUUAGAAAGAAGGGCUUAUCGAACAUUUCCCAGUUCAUUUACAAUUGGUGAUAUUAAUAAUCUAUUGGACCAUCUAGCAGAAGCUACUUCUGAGGAAGUAAGAGGCUCCGUGCUGGAAAAGUUUUACAAUUCUUUAAGCCCGCUCGAGAUGCGAUGGCUAAUCGCUAUCCUCCUUAAAGUCAGAAAAUAUGGAACUUCAGAGAAGUUUAUACUAAGUGUUUUUCAUCCAGACGCUGCCCGCUUAUAUCGGCUCUGCAGUUCUUUAAAGCGCAUUGCAUGGGAACUCUAUGAUCCCGCUAGAAGUCUAAGUGAACUAGACACCGAUGUUGAAGUGUUUAGCUGUUUUCAGCCGCAAUUGGCCAAUUUCAAAAAAUCUACUCUUGACUUUGUAGUGGACUCCAUGCACAAUGAACCUUUUUGGAUCGAAGAAAAGAUGGAUGGAGAACGCAUUCAACUGCAUAUGAGUUCUGGACAAUUUCAGUUUUUUAGUCGAAAUGCCAGGACAUAUACUGAUGUUUAUGGCAAAUCUUACCAUGAUGAAAACUCAAAGCUUACGCAGUACAUUAUAGGAGCUUUUGAUGAACGCGUUUCCCAGGUUGUUUUGGAUGGCGAAAUGGUCACCUGGGACCCCAUUUUGGAAACUAUAAUUCCAUAUGGUAGCUUGAGAAGUACAUUUGAUUCUUCGUCUACUCAUCCUACAUACUACCCCUAUUAUAUUGUGUUUGAUAUACUUUAUCUUAAUGGGAAGUCAUUAAUUAGACAUUCUCUUGAAGCAAGGUAUAGGAUUCUCAAGAAAGUGAUUGUUCGCGAGUCCCGAAGAAUGUGUGUUCUUUCUCAUAAAAUUGGAAAAACUGUUGGCGAUAUAGAUAAAGAAUUACGGCAAACGAUACUGGAGGGAUCAGAAGGUUUGGUAAUAAAAAAACCUUCCGGGAUUUAUCGUUUAGGAGAACGAAUGGAUGACUGGAUAAAAGUUAAGCCAUAUUAUUUGGAAGGAUUUGGAGAGGAUUUGGAUUGCCUUAUUUUAGGUGGCUAUUACGGACGUGGUAAACAGUCUAAACAGGCUUCUUCUUUCUUAUGUGGUCUUCGAAUUGAUCAUGCACCUGGGGAAAGGCCAUAUCAAAGAUUUCAAUCAUUCGUUCGUGUUGGAGGCGGCUUUACUUACUUCGAUCGCGAUAUUAUUCGAAAGGAGACUGAUGGAAAAUGGAAACCAUGGUCUUCAGAAGCAUUGGAAUUCUUUGAAUUAGCUGGCAGUAGGCAAGAAUUUGAGAAACCCGACCUUUGGAUUCAUCCCGAAGACGCACCGGUUCUUCAAAUUAAAGCUGCUGAGGUUGUUGCUUCCAAUCGGUUUAAAACAACAUAUACGUUGCGAUUUCCCAGGCUGGAAAAAAUUCGGUUGGAUCGAAAUUGGGAAGAUGCUCUAUCUAUAAACGAGUUCUUUCAGCUAAAAAACCUUGCUGAAAACCAAGAAAAGGAUGUCUACCAUGUCGAAAAGAAAAGAAAAGUUAGUAAAAAGAAACAACCAGAGAAGAAGCUUUUGCAUCAAACAAAUAGUCCGUUAAAGCAAUCCACUCCACUGUCCAACAUAUUUCAAGAUCUACAUUUCGUCGUUCUUCCUCCGUCAAAGAUUGGAAAAUCAAAGCAGGAAUUGGAAAACAUGAUUAUUUCUAACGGGGGAACAAUUCAUCAAGCAAUUACCUCUGUUCCGAAAGGCCAAAUGAUAUUGCUAGCAGAUAAGAUCUCAGCACGAGUACUUGUGGAAGAGAAAAAAGGAAUGUGUUCCAUAUAUCAACCUGAAUGGAUUAUAGACAGUACAAACAAAGGAAAGAAGGUUACUGAACGACCAUACCUGCUUUUUAAGAAAAAGAAAAAGUACUCUUGGGAGCAAGCUUUAGAAAACUUAAGCAAUUCCAGUCUUUCGGGGUUACUUGCUGAAGUGCGCCGAUGGGAAGUACCAAAUAGCUUUUUACCAGAGUAUAACAAAAGAAAUAUAUUAAUCUCGAAUCAACUUUCAGCGAGUGAGACUUCAUUUCCUGGAGUUUUUCCUCUCUCACAUGUUUCAGCUUACCUGGACGAUAGUGAAUUUGAAACUUCAAAGGACUCUGCUCUUAGAAAUUCUCAAUAUCAUUUGGCAAAGACCAUUUUGAGUUGGAACGGGGCUUCUAUCCAAAGUACCUUCUCUUCCAAGGAGUUGACUCAUAUAAUUAUGUUUAGCAAUGAUCAAGAUCGUGUGAGAUAUCUACAACAAGCUUGUGAAUUUCAUCAAAUUAAUCCUGAAAUUGUGAAUUAUCAAUGGCUUUUAAGAUUAUGGAAGGACGUAAAGUCCAAUAACGCUUAA